UAACCGUAGUACUAAGCUUAAGAUUUGCACUUUCACCAUCUUAUCAAGCGCGCUUAGAUGCGAUUGUAACACUGGAGAAAAGUUUUAGCUAAGAAAAUACAGAAUGAAGUGUCUAAUAAUAUUCUUCUUACUGGUGGUAACAUCAAAUGCCCAAGAUACAAUAUGGUCCUGUGGAUUUGAAACCAACUUUUGCAAUAUGGUAAGUGAAACAUUCGUGGGUAACGAAGUUACAAGAGAUGACUGGAGAAGAAGCAAUGGCAAUACACCCAGUACAUCUACAGGUCCAUCUGCUGCCAGAGAGGGCGCUUGGUAUGCUUUCUUCGAAGCUAGUUUUCGCUCUGAAACAGGCGACAUAGACGGCAUCUUGACGUCACCUUCAAUAACGUAUGCCAAUAAAAGAAAUUUUAGAAUCAGUCUUUAUUAUUACGAUUACGGAUCUGCACUAAAUCAACUGCGUGUGAAAAUACUUGGUUCUGGUGGACAAACACUUCAGGACUUACUAAUUGCAGAUGGUCGCACCCCAACACAAGUUUGGAAUUUCACAACAGUUGCUUUUAACGCGCCAGGGAACAACUUUAGGAUACAAUUCAACGCAUCGACAACAGGCCGCCACACAGCAGAUUGGGCCAUAGACGAUGUAAAAGUACUUGCUGAUGCUGCUGGGUGUUCUGCUGAUCCAUGUGUUUCUACGGCUACAUGUCAAGAAUCAGCCAAUUCAUUUACUUGCCAGUGUCGUGCGGGCUUUACUGGAGAUGGUUUAAAAACUGGUACGGGUUGCCAAGAUGUCAAUGAGUGCAGUCAAGUAGCCACUCCCUGCACUGGAUCGAACGUACGUUGUGUGAAUACGGCUGGAAGUUUUUCCUGUCAAUGUUUGGCAGGGUACCAAGCUGUAUCUGGUUCUGGCACAAGUGCAUUAUCUUGCUCAGAUAUAAACGAAUGCUCUGCAGCAACAAAUCCUUGCAUUGGGUCAAACGUACAAUGUAUGAACACAGUCGGUAGUUUUACAUGUCAAUGUUUGGCUGGAUAUCAACCAUUCUCUGGAGCUGGAACAACUCGCUUGACAUGUAUAGAUAUAAACGAAUGUUCCGCAGCAACAAAUCCAUGCACUGGCUCGUUCGUGCAAUGUAUAAACACGGCCGGUAGUUUUAGAUGUCAAUGUAUGACUGGAUAUCAACCAGUUUCUGGAACUGGAACAACUGCCUUGACAUGCACAGAUAUAAACGAAUGCUCUGCAGCAACAAAUCCAUGCACUGGGUCGAAUGUACAAUGUAUGAACACAGCCGGUAGUUUUACAUGUCAAUGUUUGGCUGGAUAUCAACCAGUCUCUGGAGUUGGAACAACUGGCUUGACAUGUAUAGACAUCAAUGAAUGCGCAGGUAGCUAUUGCACAGGCGCUAAUGUGGAUUGCAUCAAUUCGGAAGGAUCAGCAACUUGCCAGUGUAGAACAGGCUUUAUACGUUCCUCUGGCCAGGGAACUACUUUGACUUGUAUUGCUGGAGCUGUGAACGAAUGUUUGAAUAACCCGUGCCCCGCAAAUUCUCGAUGUGUUGAUCAAACCGUUGGAUUCACGUGUACGUGCAUCAGUGGAUUCAAUACGAGGUCUGGAACGAGUGGCGCUAACCUCAUUUGCGACGAUAUAAACGAAUGUUCCGCAGCAACAAAUCCAUGCACUGGCUCGUUCGUACAAUGUAUAAACACAGCUGGUAGUUUUAACUGUCAAUGUACGACUGGAUAUCAACCAGUCUCUGGAACUGGAACACCUGCCUUGACAUGCACAGAUAUCAAUGAAUGCAACACAAUUAGAUGCGAUUCGGACGCUCAAUGUUUCAACAAUGGUGGUUCAUAUGAAUGUCGAUGUAACUCUGGUUUCACUCAGGUUGGAGUGCGACAAGCUGCUGUCUGUCAUAGAAAUGGCGGAUUAACUGCAUGGGUUGAUGGACCAUGUUCGCAAACAUGUGGAGGAGGACAAAAGACCCAAACAAGAAGUUGUACAAAUCCAACCCCAGAAGCAGGGGGUGCAGGAUGUGAUCCAACACAACCAUUGAGCAGAACAAUGCCGUGCAACACACAAGAUUGCAAUGCUUGUGACAUUACGAAACCAUGCACGUGUAACAGCGUAAUACAGUACCGAACAGGUCAUGAACCAAAUAUGACAUUGUUGCACUUCAAUGAUGUAACGCCUUCAGAUGUACAAACUGUCAUGGCUUUCCUAAAUAUUUGGAACAGAACACAUCUUACCACGGCUUGUAAAAACGCCAAAUGCAACCGUUCAAUGCUUAUGAUGUUGACAUCAAACAUUACCUAUUACAUCAACCGCAUAAAUAUAACUGAUAACGGUUAUAAAGCAGCCCAGAAACACAUGCGCGAGGUGAUUGAUUGCAAUGCAAAUGUUGAGAUUGAAGGAAACUUGUGGCGUAUGUAUGACGUUUUGUGUGAUCGAAGUAUUACAAUUAACCAAGUUAAGAAAGACUUGAUGCAGAAAAAAGUUUUGUUGGAACAAGAAAUGAAAAGAUGCAGCGAAAGAGGCUGGUUUGGAUCGUUUAUCGAAAUGUUUCACAAAAGAUGGUAACUGUAGUUACGAGGGGUAAUGUUAGUUUAAAACUGGAUUAAGGCUUUAUGACAAUUCCAAAUAAUACCCCCGUAUCAUUGAACAAUAGAAACAAACACACAUUGUAUGUAGGAUUAUGCAGACAUACUCGUAGUCAUGUAUUUUUUUAGCUUAAUUUUUAAAACAACAACACAGCACUAUCCUGAAAAGUUACCAUCACCAUAAAAGGUCACCAAGCAAACGUUGUACCUAAUUGGUCCACUUUGGCAUAUUCUUUGCAUGCUCUGGAUGCUGUCUGUUAAUAUGGUAAUGCAUUUAGUGCUGCUCUUGUGAGAAUUGCAAAUGAGAGGAUUUUUGGAGAGAAUGCAGUUAUGGAUCGGUGAUAAUUAUAUAUAUAACAUAUAUUAAGUAUAACUAAUUUUUGCACUGUUACUUUUUUGUCUUUUAUUGUUGUACAUUUAUUCAAUUAAAAAAUUUCAAAUACUUUUUA